AAGUGGGAGGGAUAUUAUACUGGAAGGGAAGGAGGAUUGGGAUAGGCCACACAAUGUACACCAACCACAAGUCUCUGUCCAGCGGUUGCGGAACAUGAGUCGUUCUUGACAUUACAGAGGGUUAUCAUGUGGUUUGGCAGGUUAGUAAUAAUAAAGAUGGACCGCGCUCCCCAAAGCUCCAAUUCUUCCUCCCCAAUCCCCACACAAUCUGCAUGCAAUCCUUCCCACACCUACCUGCCCCCUUUCAUUUUGUUUUUAACUUUUGUUAUUAUUUUAUGAUAUUCAUUUUUCCUAUUAUUUUUAUUUAUUUUUAUAAAUUGUAAGUUGAAAUUCCUAAUUUACCCCAAUAUUUAAAAGAAAUAAAUGGAGUUUUUAGUAAGGACUAAAGGUGCAACUCGGGGUCCUAUUCGAGGACAUGAACUACUAUUAUUCGAGUUCAAGGGCGAAAAUGCAACUCGGGUAUAACUCAGGUCCAUUGCUACAAUUAAGACAAAAAAUUUAGCAUGCAAUUAUAGAAGGUGUGGAAGUGAAAAUUGAUCACGUCCUAAAGUUUGUUAUAUUGAGAAUUAAAAAAUUGCCUUUGAUGUUUCAACCCUAAAUCAGUGCAUCAACUUAAUAUAUUUUUGUGUAUUGAUUAGUUAAGUUGCAAAAAUAGGAGAGGAGUAUAAUAUUACCCUAAAUUUGGUUUUCAGCUUCUUAUUCUUUUGCCUUCCGAUGAGUUGGAACUGGAAAAGAAGUUGUACAUGACCAUGGUCAUUAGUUAUAUAAUCUUCAUCUGUUGAUGAUCUUGUGCCUGCUAGUUCCCGUUCCAACAUGAACAACUCAUUUGGUGAUGAUUAUGAUGAAGCAACUGUUGCAGGAUUUGAAGUUUUAAGAUCACCCGAUGCAAGUUACAACAAUGUGUACCCAGGGAAUGAAGACGAGGCCCAGGAUCCACCUCUUGUCCCUCCACAGCUGCAACAGACGUUACUUAGUUACCCAGCAAGUGCAGACACUACGGGAACUAUUCCCUUACCACAAAACGUGACACUCAACCAUCUUUACAUUGAGAACCGGGAGACCCCACGAUCUGUGGUCGCACUUGGGUUCACUCAUCGCAUUCGUUCAAAAUUUGUUACAGUUGUGCUAUACAAACCAGUUCAAAGAAGGGGCACUACCAGCAGUUAGGAAUCGAACAUUAGGAGGAUACACCUAAAUUAGCGGUGAAAGAUACUUAUUUCCUCACAGAAACUUAUGAACUUAGGUUUGAUUUCUGCCUGAGUUCUUUGUAGACUUCAUAUAUUCUUCAGGGUAGACUUGGUAUACUGUGGAGUUGGCUGGUUAGGUUAUGAUCCCAUGUGAGAAUUGUUUAUUUGAAAUGAUUGGGAUCAUUUGAUUGCAUUUGUGAAUAUAAAAUGCCUGCUUUAUACAGAUAAGGAAGCCUUCUCCAAUGCACAUCAUGUGGUUGAUGUAUGCAACUCUUGCAGAAACAUGCAUUCAAUUAUUCGUAAUAUAUAUGUAUUUGACCUAAAACUAGAAGCUUAUCUCCCAAGCAUAUAAUUCAUUUGUUUUAUUUUGUGCUCCAA